AUGAAUACUUUCUUUCUUUCCUUGCUAAGUGGCGCCGCCGCUGGUACUUCUACGGACUUGGUAUUUUUCCCCAUAGACACAAUCAAGACCAGAAUUCAAGCUAAGGGUGGAUUCUUUGCUAAUGGGGGGUACAAAGGCAUAUAUCGCGGCUUGGGAAGCGCUGUUGUAGCAUCUGCACCAGGUGCUUCCCUUUUCUUUAUCAGUUAUGACUAUAUGAAAGUGAAAUCAAGACCAUAUAUCAGUAAACUAUGCCCACCGGGAUCCGAGCAAUUGAUUGACACAACAACACACAUGCUCUCUUCUUCUAUUGGUGAAAUUUGUGCAUGUCUUGUCCGUGUUCCUGCAGAAGUCGUUAAACAAAGGACGCAAGUUCAUUCUACAAACUCCUCCUGGCAAACUCUACAGUCAAUUUUACGAAAUGAUAAUAAGGAGGGUUUAAGGAAGAAUCUUUAUAGGGGAUGGUCUACCACCAUCAUGAGAGAAAUACCGUUCACCUGUAUACAAUUUCCCCUAUACGAGUAUCUAAAAAAGACUUGGGCAAGAGCCAAUGACCAAACCAAAGUAGAGCCUUGGAAGGGGGCUAUAUGCGGUUCUAUUGCGGGUGGUAUUGCGGCAGCUACAACAACACCUUUGGAUUUCUUAAAGACUAGAUUGAUGCUUGGCAAAAAAACUUCUUCACUUGGGAGCGUAAUCAUCAAAAUUUAUAGAGAAGAAGGUCCUACAGUAUUUUUCAGUGGAGUGGGGCCUCGGACUAUGUGGAUCAGUGCAGGUGGUGCUAUCUUUCUAGGGAUGUAUGAAACUGUUCAUUCUUUGCUAUCAAAAGGUUUUUCUACGGGAGGAGAAAUGAAAGCGUAA